AUGGUCGACAGCGCGAGUCGGAAAUAUUCUCAUGCACGACCACUGAUCCAUUUCACAGCUCCAAGCUGGAUUAACGACCCUUGCGCUCCCGGUUACGAUCAGUCUACUGGGAUCUAUCAUCUAUUUUAUCAAUGUAAUCCGUAUGGCUGCGAGUGGGGGAACAUGUCCUGGGGACAUGCAAUUUCCACGGACCUGCUGAAUUGGACGCGGAGACGUGACCCGGCGCUUAGACCAGAUCAACCCUACGAUACCGACGGCGUCUUUACAGGAUGUAUGGCCCCCCCAGACAUCAAGGACGAUGGAAUACUGGCGGUAGUGUACUCCUCAGUCCGGAAACUGCCAUUCCACUGGAGCACGCCACCUUACCCCCGUAACGCGGCUGGAGUGUCUUUGGCCAUAUCCCUCGACAGUGGGAAGACCUGGGAAAAGUUGCGGGAAAACCCCGUUUUGCUGGGAGAACCGGAUGAUAUUAAAGUGACGGGAUUCCGUGAUCCCUUCAUUGCCAAAUGGCCCUCCGCGGAUUGGCUUCUAGGUCGGGCCGAGGAGAAAUUGUAUGGGCUCGUCUCUGGCGGUGUCGACACCUCAGGUCCUACCGCUUUCCUGUACGAAGUUCAACCCUGUGAUCUUACAAAAUGGAAAUAUCUCGGCCCUCUGGUGGAUUUGCCGUUAAAUUUCCAGCCAUCAAAAAACUGGAGCGGCAACUACGGCAUCAAUUGGGAAUGCGUAAAUUUUCUUUCUUUCCAGGCUGGCUCGAUCUUCAAACACUUCCUUCUUCUUGGAGCUGAAGGGGAUAUCGAGCGCGAUCACAUCGAGACUUAUGAUCUGCCGUCUUGCCUUUCUCCUCGGACAGUGAGAAGUCAGUUGUGGAUGUCUGGAGAUCUCAUCAACAAUGAAGGCAGCAUCAAACUCCAAUAUCGCCAGGGCGGGUACCUUGACCAUGGCUCCUUCUAUGCUGCCAACUCUUUCAAGGACCCUAUGUCUGGUCGGUACAUAGUGCACGGAUGGAUCCCAGAGGAGGACAUAACGCCCGAGCAUGCCCGGCAAAAGGGCUGGAAAGGCUCAUUGGCGCUGCCAAGGGAGGUAUUUCUCCUCACAAUUCCGGCUGUUGUCAAAGCGCUGCGUAGCCCACUCCAUGACAUCUCAGGCAUCGAAACUGAAACUCGACCAGAUGGAGCAUAUGACGUAUACACCUUGGGUGUGAGACCCAUAUCGGAAGUGGAUCGCUUUCGCAACAACUGUCGCAAGGUACAUGAGACUAACGGCCACUUAUUACUACCUCAGUCGACCCAACAGCGGCGGCGCUGGCUCUACUCAACAAUAUCAUCAACAUGGGAGCUUGAAGCCACAAUUUCAUUGUCGUCCAGUUGCGACACCGUUGGCUUCUACAUCAGACACAACGACGAUUUGUCUGUUUCUACCGCUAUCACCUUUUCGAGCCUUGCCGAGAAUAUCACGAUUGACAGAGCCGCCUCAAAUGACGCUCCUAACAUCAACAGAUGUGCCGAGUCUGGCCCUUUCACCCUCUUCACAACUAUGAACUAUGCCAAUGAUAGAAGAGACGAAGCUGAGCUUAAGCCAGAGGCAUUGCACCUCCGAAUUCUCUCGGAUGGGGAUGUACUUGAGGUCUUCGCCAACAGUCGCUUCGCUCUCGCCACAAUGGUGUAUUCAAACUUCAAAACAGGCGCACAUGGUGGCAUAACCGCAUUUGCAACCGGUGAGCCCAACAGCGCUGCCUUCGAGUGUGUUAAAAUUUGGGAUGGUUUAAAUGGUGAGAAGUCAAUAGUCAAUGAUGAGUCGUAG